AUGGAACAAAAAAUAGAAAUUCUUACUAAACUGGACAAAGGUGAGACUAGCGUAUCAUUAGCUCGUUUUUAUAAUAUAGGUAAAGCAACAGUUACAGAUAUUAAAAACAAUCGUCAUGCAAUCAUGGAUUUUGCGUCAAAGAUGGAUAGUAGUGAUGGAAUAAAAACAAGGAAAGUUAUGAAAAUUGCAAAAUAUCAAGAUCUUGACAAAGCAAUGGAAAUGUGGUUUACACAAAAACGAAGCUUAAAUGAACCAAUUUCUGGACCACUUAUAUGUGAAAAAGCUCUCGAGAUGAAUACAAAAUUGAAGGGCCCUGAAGAUUUUAAGGCCAGCAGUGGUUGGCUUCAUAAAUUCAAAUCCCGUCAUGGAAUACGUGAGUUACAAAUUCAAGGUGAAUUAUUAUCAGCUGAUUUAAGUAGCGCUGAAAAUUUUAAACAAACAUUCCAAUUAUUUGUGGAAAAAGAAGGAUAUUUUCAAGAUUCCGUUUAUAAUGCCGAUGAAACUGGUUUAAAUUGGAAAGCAUUACCAAGAAAAUCACUUGCUUCUUUCCAAGAACAUGCAGCGCGUGGUUAUAAGGUAUCCAAAGAAAGAGUAACAAUUAUGACAUGUGCUAAUGCUGCUGGGACACAUAAAUUGCCAUUACUACUCAUAGGAAAAUCAAAGAAACCACGGUGUUUCAAGAACAUCAAAAGUUUACCAGUCACAUAUACAGCUCAAAAAAAUGUCUGGAUGGACUCAAAAUUAUUUCUUAAUUGGAUCAUCAUAACAGGUAAAGUGUUACUCCUACUAGACAAUGCACCCACUCACCCAUCCGCAGAAGUUUUAAAUUUAAUUGAUCCAGAUUAUCAAGUCAUGUUUUUUCCACCAAACGUAACGUCUUCGAUUCAGCCCAUGGACCAGGGAGUAAUUGAAAAGUUCAAAAGAAUGUACCGAAAACAAAUGUUGAGGAGACUUUUAUUAAAUGAAGGCACCGAAGAGAGUGUUGUUGCAUUCUCGAAAUUAUUGAAUUUGAAACACUGCUGUUACAUGGCAGCAGAUGCCUGGGAUAAUUUGACUGAGGAAAAUUUACGAAAUGCUUGGAAGAAGUUGUGGGUUGUUUCUGUGGAGUUCGAAGCCGAAGAAGAAACUGAUCUAAAUAAUCUUGAUGAUUUUGUUGAUUUAUUUAAUGAAAUUCCAGGAUUUAAUGACUGUAAUUAUGAUGACGCUGUUGAUUGGUUAGCAACUGAUGUAAAUGAUCAAGGAUAUCAAAUAUUGGAUAGCGAUGAAAUCAUUUCUUCGUUGCGAAAUGAAGAAAGUGACGACAGCAGUAGUGAUGAAAGUAUGGGUACACCAAAAGGACCAACAUCUGCUGAAGCAUUUGCUGCGUUUGAAACUGGUCUUGAGUGGUUUGAAAAACAGGCCGAAUGUUGUCCAACACAACUACUUCUUCUUAAACGUUUGCGAGACUUGGCUGCAGAAAAGCGCGUAGCAGCUCAUCGUGCGGUCCCAAUUAGUUCGGAUAAUCGAGGUUCUACUGUACUUUAG